GCUAACUCGCUGCACUGUUUCCAAGAACGCAGCGACGCACCAUGACGCUCCGCUGGAUUUAAGCAAUAAGGAUUUCCGACUUUACGCAACAAACUCAGAGAUUAUUUGCUGAAGUGAAAGAAAGAAAAAAAAGUUUGCCAAAAGUUGUUCUUUUGUUGUUUUCCACGAUGCCACGGUCAUUUUUGGUCAAGAAGCACAUAAACUCCACAAAGAAGCCAAAUAAUAGUGAGCUGGAAAGCCCGACAGUGUUCAUCACGCCGCACUUCUACAAGGGCCUCCCCUUAUCCGUCAUCCCCCAGCCGGAGAUCCUGAGCCCGGCACCCUACAGCCCCAUCACAGUGUGGACCACCAGCAGCCUGCCGCUGUCCCCGCUGCCCAGCGACCUCUCCCCCAUCUCCGGGUACCCCUCAUCCCUGUCCGACACAUCCUCCAAGGACCACAGCGGCUCAGAAAGCCCGAGGAGCGACGAGGACGAGCAGCUGCUGCCCAAACUGACGGACCCGAACGGAAUAGAGGCGGAAAAGUUUCAAUGUAGUUUGUGCAACAAGUCCUACUCCACGUACUCUGGACUGCUCAAGCACAAACAGCUGCACUGCGACGCUCAAACGAGGAAAUCCUUCAGCUGUAAAUACUGCGAGAAGGAGUAUGUUAGUCUGGGAGCUCUUAAGAUGCACAUCAGGACUCACACUUUGCCUUGUGUUUGCAUAUGCGGGAAGGCUUUCUCCAGACCGUGGCUGCUCCAAGGACACAUCAGGACGCACACGGGUGAGAAGCCGUUCUCCUGCCCUCACUGCAACAGAGCGUUUGCGGACAGGUCUAAUCUCAGGGCCCACCUACAGACCCAUUCGGAUGUGAAAAAAUACCAGUGCAAGAACUGCUCCAAAACCUUCUCCAGGAUGUCUCUUCUACACAAGCAUGAGGAAUCUGGCUGUUGUGCAGCACACUGAACUGAACCGAACUGAACUGAACUGAACUGAACUGGGAUAUGAUCCUUCACCAGAACACCCCUUCCUCCAACUCCCCACUCUGCUUAUUCCUUUUUACUUUUCAAGUCCAGGAAAGUGUCAGGGAGUCACGCCGAUG